AUGCCUUUCAAUUUAAUACCAAAUUCUGUAAUGGUGCUAUAUAUAAAGAAGAAAAUUUUAAUGUCUAGCACCGAUAUUCCAGAUUCAAUAAAAAUUUUAAAUUUUGAUAAAAAUUUUACCUCUAUCUCCUCAACAUUGUUUUUAAAUACAAAUAUUGUUAAAUUAACAUUUGGUAGGAGUGUUAAAAUUGCAAAAGGAACUUAUUUACCAAAGUGCUUAGAGAUUUUACAUUUAAAUCAUAAAGAUCAAUGCCAUUUAUUAUCAAGUGUUCCUUUACCAGAAUCACUUCAUACUUUAAUUCUUGGAGACUGUACAGAGAAUAUAAAUAUUCCCAAAACAAUAAAUUUUUUAGUUUUUGUAAAAAAAUUUAAAAGAAACUUACCCAAAAUUCCAAUUAAUGUAUCCAAACUUAAAAUUACAGAUAAUUAUAAAAAACCUAUAACUAAAUCCAUGUUACCAUUACUUUUAGAAGUUUUUCAAAUAGGAGAUGCUAUUAUCAAUAUUGAAGAGUUUAGAAGAUAUAAUUAA